GCCACCUCCUCCGUGUCUAAGGGCUGUUUUGUGUUUAAACCAGACUUCAAAAAAAGAAAGAUCUCUGUGCCAAUAGGAUGCUAGAGUGAAAGCUUUGCCUUAUAGAAAGGAGUGUUGGAGUGAAAUACGGAUUGGAGAGAAGUAGGAAAUCGUGAGGAACAUAAGAUGUUUGAGUGAAGGACCAUGCCAUUACUGUUUUAAAAUUCCAUCUGAGUCGAAAAGUAAAAUUCUUUGGCUGUAGGAUGAGGAUUGGAGAUAGAACUGAACAGUAGAACAGACUUCACAAACUGAUGUUCAACUAAAAGAGCAUCCGAGAUGAACAGGAGAGGACUAUUUUAAUAAUGAGGAACUUGACUCUGAAGACAGUAAACUUCGAUAUGAGACGUAUCGCUUGCUAUGGCAACGGAUGAAAUCUGAAACAGAGCAAUUACAGGAAGAAUUAAAUGAAAAUCUAUUUGAUAACCUAGUUGACUUUCUGCAGAAGUCUCAUUCUGAAUUCCAGAAAAAUUCCAGAAACUGGGGUUCUCAAAUGAAACUCAGAGAAAUUCCAACAGCUGCUCUUAUUCUUGGUGUGAAUGUCACCGAUCAUGAUGUGAUAUUCAGAAGUCUGACAGAGACCCUUCAGAAUAAUGUCACACCAUAUGUAGUCUCACUGCAAGCUAAGGAUUGUCCAGAUGUGAAACAUUUUUUACAAAAGUUUACCUCACAGUUGAUGGACUGCUGUGUAGAUAGAAACUCCAAGGAGGUGAAAAGUGAUAAUACCCUGAAGAACACAAAUUAUUCAAUGGAUUCCCUUUCUAGUUGGUAUUCAACAGUCACACAGAAGACAGGUCCAAAAAUGCCAAGCAAAAAGAGGCCAGCGUCUAGCCAUUGGCAGUCUCCUCCCGUGGUGCUUAUCUUAAAGAGCAUGGAGAGCUUCAGCACCAGAGUACUCCAGGACUUCAUAACCAUCAGCAGUCACCAUCUGCAUGAGUUUCCUCUAAUUCUCAUUUUUGGGAUCGCCACAUCUCCUGUUAUUAUCCAUCGACUGCUUCCUCAUUCAGUGUCAUCUCUGUUGUGUAUAGAACUGUUCCAGUCUCUGUCUUGCAAGGAACACCUGACAGUAGUUCUUGAUAAGCUGCUUCUUACACCUCAGUUUCCCUUCAAAUUCAAUAAAAAGGCAUUACAGGUUCUCACCAACAUCUUUUUGUAUCACGAUUUCUCAAUUCAAAACUUCAUCAAAGGAAUUAAGCUUUCUCUGCUAGAGCAUUUUUAUUCCCAGCCCCUAAGUGUUCUGUGCUGUGACCUCUCAGAAGCCAAGAAAAGAGUGAAUGCCUUCUCAGUUAGCCAGUGUGAAAGCAUUCGGCGCCUCCCUUCCUUUAGGAGGUAUGUGGAAAAUCAACCUUUGGAAAAGCAAGUUGCACUGUUGACGAAUGAGACUUUUUUAAAGGAGAAAACUCAAUCAUUGUUGGAAGACCUGCAUGUUUACCACAUCAAUUACUUCCUUGUUUUGAGAUGUCUUCAUAAUUUUACCUCUUCUCUUCCCAAGUACCCACUGGGUCGACAGAUUAGGGAGCUGCAUUGCACAUGCUUAGAAAAGAAGAUCUGGGAUUCAGAGGAGUACGCGUCAGCCUUGCAGCUACUCAGAAUGCUGGCAAAGGAUGAACUGAUAAGCAUACUUCAGCAAUGUAUUGAGGUUUUGAAUUCCUCUACUGAAGAGCAGCUUGGCAACACAACACAGAAAAUAAAGGAUUUCCUGACCCAGUUUCAGAACCUUGAUGCAGAUAACAAAGAGGAAGAGGAUGCUUGUGGGUCCCAGCCAAAGGGGUUGCAGAAGACAGACCUGUACCACCUUCAGAAGUCCUUACUGGAAAUGAAAGAGCUAAGGAGAACAACAAAGAAGCCAACCAAGUUUGAAAUGCUCAGAGAAAAUGUUAUGAACUUCAUCGACAACUUGGUAAGAGAUUACCUGCUGCCUCCUGAGAGCCAGCCUCUGCAUGAGGUAGUGUACUUCAGCGCUGCCAACACACUCCGUGAACACUUAAAUGCUGCUCCAAGAAUUGCUCUCCACACUGCACUCAACAACCCUUAUUAUUACCUAAAGAAUGAAGCACUGAAAAGUGAGGAAGGCUGCAUUCCAAAUACUGCCCCUGACAUCUGCAUAGCAUAUAAACUGCACCUCGAGUGCAGCCGGCUGAUCAACCUCGUGGACUGGGCAGAGGCUUUUGCAACAGUUGUGACAGCUGCUGAGAAAAUGGAUGCAAAUUCUACAGUCUCAGAAGAAAUGAGUGAAGUUAUUCAUGCUCGAUUUAUUAGAGCUGUUUCUGAAUUAGAACUUUUAGGCUUCAUAAAACCUACGAAACAGAAGACUGACCAUGUUGCAAGGCUCACAUGGGGAGGAUGCUAAAAAGCAAAUGAGUAGAGACAAAAGUUCCAUGUCCAACUUAGACAAAGAUCAAAUCUGGCAUAUUUGCAUAUUUGUAUGAAAACAUUUUGGGGGUACUUCAAAGUCUUUAACAAUUGCAUAAAGCCUUUACACAUUAUCGGUAUACGUUACUUCAUUCUUGCUUGUUUGGUGUGUAAAUGUGUCUUAUGUGUAGUUACAUCUCCUCUAGAGAACUUGCAGCACUGCAUACCAGUACAUUGUAAAGUCAAUCUUACAGGUGUUUUCCUUGCUAGAAAGGCUGAAUAAGUAUUCCCAUGAACAGUCCAAGGAGACUUACACCCAGUAAGCCUUAUACAAACUGCUCCCUACCUUACCAUACUUAGAAAUGUGAAGGUCCAGUGAAUAUCCUGAUCUCUUUCAUAAGAACUUAAGAAUCAGAUACCUAGAGCUAUUAUUUAAUGUCCAACCCCCAAGAGAAUUAUACCAAAAUUGUUCACAAAUGAUUCAGAGA